CGUCACUUGUAAAAAAAAAAUUGGAAGUGGAGAAGGGAAAGAAAAUGGUUGAGCCCAAGCCAUUUCUGUCACCAGUUUGCAAGGUGGGUCCUUACCCACUUGAUAUCAUUGCCACCGCCGCGUCCUUCCACUUCAGCCACCGUGUCUCCCACCGUCUCCGCCUUCACUUUCUACUUCGUUCCUGCUUCCAGAAACUCGCUCCCGUGUUUAGAUUGAAGGAUAAAUGGUGUCAAAAAUACCUUCAACUCAAAGGAUUGAAUUAUCUUCAAUUGUCAAGUGAUGGGUUGACUUCUGCAUGUUCAACUAGUUUCUCUUUCUUUAAUGGAGGAAGACCUGAAGCCAGCUCUGGAAAUUCCGACUCGAAGAUGUCUAGAAAAAAUCCAUUUAAUGGAAGGAAGUGGACAAAUAUUCUCCUUGCUGCCAAUGUUUUAUUUUAUGUUGCACAACUUGCAACCCAAGGCAAGCUUUUGUCGUGGGGAGCGAAGGUUAACAGUCUUAUUGACAAAGGACAAGUUUGGAGACUUGUUACAUCUUCUUUUCUGCAUGCAAAUAUUGGACACCUUAUGAUAAAUUGUUAUUCCUUAAAUUCAGUUGGUCCCACUGUGGAGAGCUUUAGUGGUCCUCGAAGAUAUCUUGCAAUUUACUUUGCCUCUUCAAUUGCAAGUGCAGCUAUGAGUUAUCGGUUCUGCAAAAUGCCUGCAGUAGGUGCGUCAGGAGCAAUUUUUGGACUGGUUGGAUCGGUUGCAGUGUUUGUUUUAAGGCACAAAGACCUUGUAGGAGGUGGUAAAAAAGAUCUUCAGCACAUAGCACAAGUAAUUGCCCUCAAUUUGGCUAUUGGGUUAUCAUCAACUGGCAUUGACAACUGGGGACAUUUAGGAGGUUUGAUUGGUGGAAUUGCUGCAUCAUGGCUUAUUGGACCUGCAUGGAAGCAUGAAUCCACAUCUUUAGAUGGAAGAAGACUAUUCAUUGACAGUGCACCGAUGUAUAAUCUCUUCAAGAUUACGAGAGUACCUAAGCCAUGGAAAUAGAAACAUUUCAUCGGCCUAUUGGAUUACAAGCGCAAGCAAACAACAAAUAGUUGCUUGUUGUGCUUACUUGUAUGAUGCUAAUGAUACCCUGUUGUAAGCUUCCCUUAAGGGAAUAUUUGAAUGGUGGUUUCUACUACCUGAAACCCCUUUAACCUAUGUUGCAUGCUUAUGCUGUACAUAAGAGAUAAGUCAAUUACCUUUGACACGGGGACAUCUUUAUGUUUUUGUUUGUUUUCCUUGUUUGUAUGGAUGAUUUUUUGGGUCUAGGCUCUCCCUACAACCCGAAAUGAACUAUAAUGUGGCAAAGGAAAAGAGAGCUACUUCUCCUCCGCCUGAAAAACCAAUCCCACCUGGAUGCACUGCUCCGGAUGGGAAAAUAACAUCAUUUUCCAACAUCCGGAACAGUGAAUCUGGAGAAUAACCAUGUUUUUUGUCCGUCCAGAACGGUGAAUCUAAA